CUACUGACGGCGCUUUGGUGUGUCUCCCUGACAGACGUCAUCUGUCGUUAACAAAAGACAAAAUGUCAGCAUUUGGACAACAAAGAGUGGGCGGAGCCACUAAGCUUCGAUCCGCCCAGCAAAACUCGCCCGCAUGCUUUUCUUUUACGUCCUCAGAGCACACAUAAACACACAGGACCUGCCGCUGUGACUCUCAUUCGUCUUUGUUUGUGCAACGAAGAAAGCAUAGCCAUGAGUGGAAGGGGCAAAGGCGGCAAAGGACUCGGAAAAGGAGGCGCCAAGCGUCACCGUAAAGUUCUCCGUGAUAACAUCCAGGGAAUCACCAAACCCGCCAUCCGCCGUCUGGCUCGCCGUGGCGGAGUGAAGCGUAUCUCUGGUCUGAUCUACGAGGAGACCCGCGGUGUGCUGAAGGUGUUUUUGGAGAAUGUGAUCCGUGACGCCGUCACCUACACCGAGCACGCCAAGCGGAAGACCGUGACCGCCAUGGACGUGGUGUACGCUCUGAAGAGACAGGGCCGCACUCUGUACGGCUUCGGCGGUUAAAGGCAUUCAUACCAACUAAAGUAACUAAACGGCUCUUUUAAGAGCCAC